AGUCACUUCCAGCUGAGUCUUGCAGCGACAACAACCUAAUACACAUACAAUAUGAUCUCGAAGGUCGCCGUUUUGGUGCUGGUUGUGGAUAUCAUCCUCGCCGACUCCGCCGAGCGCUACGAGUACGCCCCUCCCGCCUCGUACCAGCCCGAGAAAGAGGAGAAAAGGCCGUACGACUUCGAAUACAAUGUCAAGGACGACUACGCCGGCACUGAUUUCGGUCAUAACGAGGAAUCCGACGGCAACACCGUGCGUGGAUCAUACACCGUGCAGCUUCCCGACGGACGCAAACAGACGGUAAACUACGUGGCUGACCACUACAACGGCUACAACGCUGAGGUCAGCUACUACGGCGAGGCUCAGUACCCCCACGAGUACGGUCCCCCCGUCACCUUCAAGCCCCAGUCCUACAAUUCUCGGCCUUCAUACCAACCUCCUUCAUACCAGCCUCAACCUUCCUACCAGCCCCCAACUUCAUACCGGCCUUCAUACCAGUGAUUCAAGCACAGAAAUAGCCAUGUUAUUUAAUGUUAUGGUGUAUUACAUCAAAUAAACUUACAUAAUUG